AUGGAGUUGGGGUUGAGUGGAAGCACGUGCUCAAUUCUCUUUGUAUUUCUGUUUGUGGGUUUGUCUUCUUCAGCUUUCAGUGCAGGUGAUGUCUUUGGCGGAAACCUUGGUCAAGCUAAGAAUGAUUGCACUGUGGACUUAAAGUCUCUGGAUUUCACCAUCCUCACAAGCCAAUGCAAAGGACCAAAUUUUGCAGCCGCUAGCUGUUGUAAGGCUUUUAAAGAAUAUGCUUGCCAUUGUGCCGAUGCAAUUAACGACUCAACAACAGAUUGCGCUACAGUCUUGUUCAACUACAUUAGGCAAAUGGGACAUUACCAUCCAGGCCGAUAG